AUGUUUCCUUCGUUUACAGGCAAUACUCGUCGGCCCCGGCAGGUCAACCUCUCAACCCGCUCUACAAACCCCUUUUCCGGCACUCCUGUGAAGCGUCAGCCCCCAUCCGUCCAUGGGCCCCAGGCAACGCUCGCCAUUGCACAGCAGGAGAGAGCACAGCGCCAGCUAGAACGAGAGCGUUUAACCUCGAGCCGAACUAUCCAGAGGACAUGGCGGGGCUACAAGAGCAGAAAAACAACUUGGGGUAUAUGGCGCAAAGAUUGGGAUAACCAUGAGAAAGCUAGGGGAGUCGGAUACCACACAGCUGCCGAACAGCAAGGCAGUGCAUAUUCAAGCAGCUUGGAGUGCGCUAAGCAGCUACAGCUUCUUCUACAGUUUGUCCAGUCUACAAGUCAGGAGGAUGCUGUGAGGUUGGUGUACUUUUCCAGAUGUUUUCAACGAACGGUUGAGAGUACGUCACUAUCAACAGAGGGAGAAUGGACGACCAUGCUCUCUCGUCUGAUGGUGACAACUCUGGAUAUCCUCAAAGCUUCCAGUCGUAUUAGCUCGAUAUCCUUCUCAAUGGAUGACCUGCUACAGCUUCUGGUGUUUCUCACGAGAUUGAUACCGAAGCAGAUGGCGCGUCAGGCGCGCAAGUACUAUGAUGUCAUGGCAAAGCUCACUACACGCCUAAAGCCGUCUUCAGGUCAAAUUGCCGUGGGCUUGACUAGAGACAACAUUGCGGAAGCCGUUCUUGCUCUGUUACAGCCGAUCACCUCGGAAACACUGGUCGUAUACGAGUGGUUUGCCCGGACAUACCUUACACUUCCACAUCUUCAGGAUUACCUCGGGACCAUCAGUGAUAUAGCAGCUCGGGUGAACUAUAAGCUUCUGGCAUCGGUCAUAAGUACCAACCUUCUGUCGUCGCAGUCCUUCCUCCACGCAGAGCAAGUUGAACCCCGAACCUGGCUUCUGGCGUAUUUUGUCUACUUUCACAGGCAUGCGCUAGGGGAGCAGGCUUUGAACCAGACACCAGAGGUUCUUUUUGUCAAGGUUGUUUCCAUGCUUCUAGGCUCUGCAGCUACAUACAUAUCACAGAGGCUUGAUCCGGAUGAGUUUGGAGAUACCCAGUCCUCCCAACAGCAGAAACCAUUGCCGUCAUUUGUAAAGAAUGAGGUUUUGACGUUGGUUAACCAGAACAGCAUUACACACCUCUUAUCGAUAGCUGGAAAGGGACAGGCGGCAGAAAAUGAUGUCCAGCAGACCAGCGAAGAUGAUGCUAAAAGUCUUGCAACAUAUGCCUUGACUCUGUUGAGAAUAUUUCCUAAACGAGGUGAUGAAAUUCGUAUGUGGCUUUAUCUUGGCUCAGCAUCAGAUUAUGCGAAUUCACAAUCAAGUGCAUCCAAACUACCUGCUAUUAAAUUCUUUUGGCAAGCCUCAAGGGCAACAAGUGUUUAUCACAAUGUAUCACAUAACCCCAAUGGUAUCCUAGAGAUGCUUCUGCCACCUACUAUUAGGGAGGAUGAAGACUCCCAGCGACAAGGGAGCGAUCAAGAGCAACAGUGGACCGUUAUACUCAUCUUUCUGGAACUUUACACCUUUCUUCUCAAGGUUUUAGAUGACGACGAAUUCUUCUCUGAGGCCAAUAAAAACAAAUAUACCUCCUGGACUAAGGAAAGCUCUCUUGCUCUGGGCGACGUCAAAGAGUUGACAGUUUUCCUGACAAAUCUUGCGUUUACGCUUUACUGGAAUUCAUCUGAAUUGAGUGCUGCCGAGACCACCGAAAAGGCCUUUGAAAUGCGGGAAUAUUUCAGCGUGUCCGGGACCCAUGGGCCUAAUCAAACAGUUGCUCGAAAACCUCAGAGCAAAAAUCUCAGCGGUGCGACUGGGAUACCUCUACAUUAUUUCAAGGGGUUGGUAACAGGGCUAUUACGAAUGAUACAUGAGCGAGAGUAA